AUGCUGACCUCAACCUCUGCAAACAUGGCAUCCAACGAGGCUGAGGCGGCUGGGAAUACCGGUGGCGGCCUGCAGAGCAUCACAAUCCACAUUUUGUGUCCUUCUCUCCCAGCUCCAAGCCGCUUUACACUUGACAACUUGUCACUCGAAACCACUAUUGGAGAACUUCGAGCACGCAUCACGCAGUCCCUUCCGAGCCAACCUGCACCUUCGACUCAGAGGUUGAUAUACCAGGGAAGGCCUUUGGCAAAUAACAAUGCAAAACUUGCCGAUAUUCUGGGCCCUGUUGAGGAAAGCGACCACUCGAUACACAUGAUGUUGCCGCCUUCUCAUUCCGCACCUCCGUCCACUGGUGACCUUCCGUCGGCCCCUAGUUCCAUCAACCGUGCAGAGCUAUCAAACCAACCCCUGUCUAGCCCGUUCAUAGCUUCCACCACGGCACUGCCUCCUCAGACUGCUGGGGAUGACCUACGAUUCCGCGGGUUACGAACAACGGUCCCUACAAACGACGGAAGUUUGCAACCCAUUUCAAACAACUUCAUGCGUCCCUCAGACUCUGCUUCGGGUCAUUACCAGGCCAUAGGCUCUCCAGCAUAUCCAGCAGGAGAAACCUCUUCUUCUUCCCCAAAUGCUGUGCCUCAAAAUCGGAAAACUGUCUACGAUCCUAUUGAAUCCCCUGGUUCGCAUCGUUCCUCUGCCUUGGGAAAUCAUGGUGAAUAUCCACCGAGAUCAUCUCUGCUGAAUCACCGGAAUAACAAUCCUGAUCUAGCAUCAGCCUCAAACUAUCAUAGCACUGCGCGGCCGCGCAGUAUGUGGGAUCCACUCAGUGGUGACCACAUCGCUUCAUCAACGACCUCUAACGGCUGUCGUCCCAACCCAAUGGCCUCGCCGGGCAUGGCCGUAUCCGAUUUCAACGAGUAUGAUGAACUUUCCUUGCGAGUGGAUGAGGCAGAACGUACCUUCAACCACGGUAUGGCUCCUUCAUUCGAAAAUCUUUUCCAAGUGCGAGCCCGAGCCGAGGAGUUGUUACAGCGCCACGCAAACUUCUAUGGACAUCCUUUCCACGCCAGUGUACAUGAACUGCUGCAACGGAUCAGAGCUCUAUAUCGCCGUGCGGACGACCUUCCCCGUGAUCGACGUGGAAAUCCAUCCGACCCACUCAGUUCACCCAGGCAGGUCUUCUUGGCCACUGACCCGGAUGGCCGUCAGAGCUUGCUCAUGCCCCCUGGAACAACUAGCACAGCUAUGUUCCCUCUCUAUGCUCCGGAUGGACCGGCCGGCCAUACUCUGACAGCUUCCAUCAAUGCAAACAACAAUAUAAACCAUGCAGUCCCGGCGGAUCCAAACCCAGCCCUCAUCCAGAAUGUCGUUCACCAGGCACUUAUCAACCAGGAACGCCGCCACGAGGCCGAGAAUAUCCCUGCGGGCCAAUAUCUGCGCCGAAUCUGGCUCUUUAUCCGUCUGUACUUCUGCAUCUACAUGAUCAGCUCGUCUGGCAGCUGGGCGCGCGUUUUCCUUGUCACCGGUGCCUUGCUGGUCGCCUUGCUGUCAGACACCAACAUCCCUGGACAGCUGCACAGAACGCUCGUCGCGCCAAUCCAGCGCCACCUCGAGGGCCUUGCCCACGUGGGUGGACCAGCGGAUCCCGCCACACCGGGCACUGAAGACCAGGGCGCCAUCCGGGACCAAGCGGGUGGUAAUGCUCGAAACACUAUGCAUGGCGAACUGUGGAAUAACAUCCGCCGCAUGGAACGAUCUAUCGUGUUGCUGCUCGCAAGUCUUGUACCAGGGAUCGGCGAGAGACAGGUUGAGGCACGCAAUGCCGCCGAGGCAGAGGCCGAGCGAGCUCGACGAGAAGAACAGCAGCGUCAGCAGGAGCAGCAACGACAGCAAGAGGCGGACCAAGCUGGGACUCAGCCCGAUGCCGCGGCAGACGGUCUAGUCGCCGAGCAGCCGCCGCAGCCUCAGCCAGAGCAAGCUGCCCACGUUUGA